CUCCUCUUGCCUACCGGGUUGGGUUGCACGUAACCUAACAGACCUCUCGGGCUUAGCUUGUCAUCGGCACCGCUACACCGGUCUAAUAUGGCCGCUGGUGCUAGGUCCGGACCCGCGCGUAAAGAGCCAGGGCCAAGGUCCGGAGCCGGAGACUGCUCCCGGCAUUCCUCGCGGGUGUAGCGUGGGUUCCCUUCCCCCAUUUCCGGGUCCCAGGAGAGGGAGACCCUGGGGUCUUGAAGAGAGUUCUGAGGUUCAGCUGGUCGGUGCUGUGCGAAGAAUGACAGGACACUCCGAGCACUGAACCACUGGCCUGGGUGGCAAGGUGUAGAGAGAUGUGGAAAGGUCUUCAGCAUCAGGGCCUGCUUUCUAGCGAGCCUUUGGCUUGAAGACAUUAUCAGCACUAGCAUUUAACUGGAGACCUGUUUUCGCUGCAGCACGCUGAAAUCUCGAAGUAGAACCCUGUGUCCCUGAGGCAGAGCUCUGAGCCAGUGUAUGUGCGUGCCUCUUAAAUUCAUCCAGGACUAAAGGGUAACAUGGCCCAGGGCUUGAUUGAAGUGGAGCGAAAGUUUACCCCAGGGCCUGACACGGAAGAAAGGCUGCAGGAGUUGGGGGGCACCCUGGAGCACAGGGUCACCUUCCAAGACACCUACUAUGAUACUUCUGAGCUAAGCCUUAUGCGGUCUGAUCACUGGCUGCGACAACGAGAAGGUAGUGGAUGGGAGCUCAAAUGCCCUGGAGUAGCAGGUAUCCCAGGAUCCCACAACGAGUAUGUGGAGCUCACAUCGGAAUCGGCCAUUGUGGCCCAGCUGUUGGAACUGCUUGGGGCUGAGGAGCUUGGGACUGCAGGUGUGGCUGCUGCCUUGGGUUCCCUGAAGCUGCAGGAAGUAGCUAGUUUCGUGACUACGCGAAGUUCCUGGAUGCUGGCCUUGUCUGGAGCCAGUGAAGAGGAGCCGAAGCUCAGAGUGGACUUGGACUCAACAGACUUCGGCUAUGCUGUGGGUGAGGUGGAGGUCAUGGUCCGGGAGAAGGAAGAAGUACCAGCUGCCCUAGAGAAGAUCUUCAGCUUCAGCACCCUGCUUGGAGUGCCAGCACAGGAGAAGGCACCUGCCAAGCUCAUGGUAUACCUACAGCGCUUCAGGCCUCUGGACUAUCAGCGCCUGCUCGAGGCAAACAGCUGCAGUGAAGCCACGGGGGACUCGACAUCCUGACAGUUUCUGGGAGCAGGGUUCACUCUCUAUAAGGGAAGGGAACUCUCCAGAGCUGCCAUCCACACCUGGACCCACCGUGCCCUUCCCUUCCGACAGGGCCACUUUUGUCUCCGGUUCCGCCUGGUCUUUCACCCAUCCUCAGCUGCCCUUCUUUUGAGCCCUCCCUCAUUGCCUCCCUCAUCCGUCAGAUGUAAUCUGUGGGCCGCCCCUCUCCCCUGGCCGCUAAGCAGCCUCCAUUGAUUUCCGCUCGUGUUUAUAGGAUUUCCACUUAGCUGUGAUCAGUAGUUAAGCACAGGAAAAUCCCUUGCCACCCCCCCUCCUGUGGUCGAUGCCAUUGAUUCUGCCAGCAGCUCUGAAGCCGCCUUACAGCUGAGUUAGAGAUGCGGGGAGCAGCAGGGAUUCCCCUGCCUUGGGGGGUAGGGAAUAGCAACAAGGCUGGGAACCGGCUGGGAACUUCUGUUAGAGAUCUGGAACUCGGCUGGGUCUGCCGCUGUGUCCAGAGGAUAGAGCCCCCUGGGUGGCAGUUUAGAGACAAAUUUGCUCUCCAACCCAGAGACGGG